AUGCGUCAUAGUUCAGGGUUUGGAUGGGAUUCUAUGACAAAGAAAUUCACAGCUAGUGAUGAAGUAUGGGAGGAUUAUUUUAAGACUGAUACUUUUGAGGAUUAUGAAGACUUAAGACUUGUAGUUGGGAAUGGAACUGCUAUAGGAAAAUACGCAAUUGGACUUGGAGAUGACACUGAUGCGAGAACCUUUGAAACACAAGAAAAUGGGGGUACUAACUUAUUAGAUGAUUACGUAUUUGAUCACAACAGUGGUGAAUUCAUACAAAGCAAUAGGCAAGAAUCUUCAUAUCAACCUCUAUUUUCUGAGGACCUUGCUUCACGAUUACCAUCUCAACCUAUGAGUUCUAAGGUUCCACAAGCAACUAGAAAAUGA